AGGCCAUUGAAACAAUCCCUGCAGCCCUAAACAGCUCCCCUCUAAUUUUCGCUAGGAUCGCUGUAGUAAUUAGAACUUGGGCACUAACUAAUCCACCAUUAAACUGGAAUCUUAAUAUCAAAUAACACGAGCCAAAUUGCCUCACAAUACUGGCUUGGAUGAUAAGUGUUGGUUAGUAGAAGCUAUUCACCACCUAACCCUUGCAUUCCCAAGGACAAAAGAGACCUAUAUCAGGAUACGUAAUGUGAAUGAACGCAGGGAACUUUUGUUUGCCGCUAUUCAAAAGUGCUUAACACAGCCUGCCGAUCUGGUGUAAGGGUAGUUUUUCUAAGGUGCGGUUGGGAAUUAUACUGUUUUGCGCGGGAUCCGGGUUGUUCGGACGGCCUCCUCGGGGCCCGCAAUACGAAGCACAAGAACUACUUAUGAGCCGCGCGAAAACUCACUGCUUAGUAGAAUAUGUCACUUUCACUGUCACGGCAUUAGAGCCAAAAUAGCAGACGAACUAUAGCAUUACGCGAAUACUAAUCUAAACACAGCCUUCUCACCUCAUUUGCCGUCAUUACAAUCGUCCAAACAUCCUUACUCCACAAUGUCGAACAAAACUGCGGAUGUGAUCGUGGUGGGAGCAGGCCUUAGUGGACUUCAAACAGCUGUGAGAAUCCAGGCAGCUGGGUUCUCCUGCCUAGUCCUAGAGGCUAACGAUCGCGUGGGCGGCAAAACGCUUAGCAUCAAGUCAAGCUCCAAACCUGCUGGUGCGAAUGACAUCGGGGCAGCAUGGGUAAACGACACCAACCAAUCCGAAAUAUGGAAGCUUUUCGAGAAGUACAACCUCGGGGCCGAAAUUCAGAGGACCUUCGGUACUAGUUUUCGACAAGCUCCGGAUGGCAGCACAGUAGCUCAUCCAUAUGAUGAUGAGUCAUCGGGACAAGGGGGCUAUAUAGACGAAGAACUAUUGCGGGUGUAUAUGGCUGUCCACGAAGCCGUAGAAGCAUCGGAUCUCGAGCAUCCCGAAGCUAGUCCGCAGGCCCAGAAGCUAGACAGCAUAACACUUGCUGAGUUCUGUCAGGAAGUCGGACCUAACAUCGGGGCCGUCGCAGCCUCGGCAGUCACAGCUGCUCUGCUGGGGGUAGAGGCUGACGAGGUCAGCGCUCUAUUCAUUAUUAACUACAUCAAGAGUGGGCGCGGUUUGAAGGUUAUAACGUCAGACAAGAAGGACGGAGGCCAGUAUAUCCGGGCCAGACGAGGCAUGCAAACUAUAUCAAAAGGGCUCGCGGGUGAAUUGGCUCAAGACUCACUCCACCUAAACACUGUAGUCAGAUCUGUUCACCAAAAGGACGACCAAUCUUACGAGGUAGAGACCACAGCUGGCACUGCAUUCACGGCCAAGCAUAUCAUCAUUUCCGUCCCGACUAGCUUGUACGGCUCGAUUGAAUUCACCCCACCACUUCCAGAGAAGAAGCGAAAGCUGGGCGAAAGUACCACCCUCGGAUACUACAGUAAAGUAGUAUUAGUCUUCGACAAGCCAUGGUGGCACGCAACUGAUUUAUCAGGUGUAAUGACAUCUUAUAAGGGACCGAUCUCUUUCACGCGCGACACCAGCGCCCCCGAGGACGACCAGUGGUCUAUAAGCUGUUUUGUGGUGGGUGAAAUGGGACGUGUUUGGAACAAGUUAUCGGAAGCGGAGCGUCGGGAGGCGAUACUCGAACAAUUCAAUUCGGUCUUCUCUACCGCUGUGACCGUUCCCCAGCCCAUUGCCAUUCACGAACAGAGAUGGUCAGAACAGCCGUAUUUCCUUGGCGCACCCUCUCCUAUCAUGGCACCGGGUGUACUUACGUCGCUCGGGUCCUACGUGCUGCGGGAACCUGUGGGGAAUAUUCAUUUCGUUGGUACGGAGACAUCUAUCGUUUGGAAGGGCUAUAUGGACGGUGCGAUUCGUUCGGGUCAGAGAGGUGCGGAUGAGGUAAUCGCGCGUUUACGUGAUAUAUGUAAACAUAUUGAUUCUUGGGGCUUUCCUCUGAUGUUUCAUCCCGGAUUUCUUGCAAGGCCAGCUUCUGAAAAAUAAAUGUAGCAGGUCAAUGAGUCAAUACCCACCAGCCCAGCUAAAAAGUGAUACGUCACUUUUGACACUCACGUAAACGGGACUUUAGUCCGCUUCCUCGUUUGACACGUUGAACAACUCAAACAGACCAACU